AUGUCCUUCAUCGACGAUGAUCUGCGACGAGCCGAUGCGGCUUUGGAUAAAUUCCAAUUGAGAGAAGCCGAGGAGAGAAUCGCCGUCGCCGGAGCCGAUUCCGACAAAAUCUCCGCAAGACCUGGCGAGGAUCCUAGAACGACGCAGCUGAAAGCCGUUAUCAGAUCGUUGUCCACCACAGCAAGCUCGAGACCUUUAUUGCGUCGCUCGAAAGUACGCGCCUUGCUUACCGAGGUACUCAAGAAGAGCCAAAAGCAGGUGACGACCGAAACAACAGACUCGUCCGAUAUUACGAACCUAGAAUGGGUGGCUACAGGCAAAGCGACGGCGCAGACCUACGGCCUCAUCCUCGAUUCGUUGCUGGACCGCACGAUACCCCUGAGCGAAUCAAUAUGGUAUUGGGAUGACGUGCUAGGCUCAUACGCAAAUAUUGUGCUAUACACAGUUCAGACAUCGCCGUUCAGAUUUUACAAACAAGCAAAAGAAGUCUAUGCUGAUGCGGUACGAAAGUUGCCCGAUGUGCGCGCUGCUGGUCGGGAAGCUACAAAUACUCUGUCGGAGAGAUGGCGCCAGUUCUACGGUCUCGUGCGCGACAGUGUCAAAGAACGUUCCUUGGCUCAGGCCCAAACCAAGAUCCUCUCACCCUUUUCGAUCGCACGGAUGGAAGUGCGCGGAAAUUUGCAGCGCGUGAAAGAAAUCAGGAAAACCAGCUCAGCAUCCAUUGGCAGGCUUGUGCGGGAGUGUAUGGUUUUCGAAGGACCGCCGGAUGAACGUAAGAUCGGUGCGUUACCCCAGAUGUUGGGUUCACCAGAGGAGGACUGGCAGACUACAAUCGCCAGAACAGUAUGUCUUCUAGACUCGGCCACCAAACCUCAUGGUGAAGAUGAAAACUAUGCGAUCGAUCCUUCGACAGCUUCAUCUACCGAGGUUGCGAAUCUACUGAUCAAAAUCCUUGACGAACAAUUACCAAAGCGUGAAAAGGAAGUUAACGACAUACGAAGAAGAUUCGGCAAACCAUCCAAACUUGUGCGAUAUUGGAUUCCUGCUCUAGGGUUGUUCCUAUCUGGUAGUACACUGCUCAGAAUACUGCUCAGCCGCAAAGCCGAUAUCGCGCAAUGGUUCAGAGAGUUUGGUCAGACAUGCAUCGACUUCUGGACGAACUGGGUAGUCGAGCCCACUAAGAAACUUAUCGGGACCAUCCGCCAUGACGAGCAGAGUGAAAUCGCCAUUCAGAGCAAGGACAGCUUGAAAGCCGAUAAAGAAAGUCUCGAGCGUAUGGUUGUCGACUUCGCAGUACAACAUCCCGUGGACGGUAGCCGGUACAACGAGAGUCAGAUUGCAGAGAUUCGAGCCAAAGUCAAGGCAGGCGAUGUGACGCCCGUUCUUAAAGCCUACGAGCGAGAGCUACAAAGUCCAAUCAAGAAUGCAAUCAUGGGCGAACUGGUCCGAACGCUGCUAAUCCAGGUUCAAAAGACAAAAGUCGACGUCGAGACGGCUAUAGGCGGGAUCGAUUCACUACUGAAAAGUCAAGAGCUGCUCUUUGGAUUCGUGGGAAUCGCGCCUGGAGUGCUAAUUUCCUAUGCCUUGGUCCAAUGGCUCAGAUCCGCCUUUGGUGGGCGUGAAGGGCCCCGUCAAGGAAAAAGAAAAGGCGAGGCAAUCCGUCUUAUCAGGAACAUCGACCGAACCUUGACCAAUUCAGACCUAGACGACGAUGGCAUCAUCUCGGAAGAAAACCACGGGCUUUUGUUGUGUGAGACGCAUCUUCUCCGUCAGCGGGCAGUGCUCGUGCUACCGAAAAGCAUCCAGCGGGAAUUUCUGGAGGAUCUGGACGAUUUGCUCGACGUCAAGGCCGGAGUGGGUCGGCAGAUCAACGUUCUGCGACGUAUAGAGUGGGCGUAUGCCAAGUGGUUACAGUGA